CGAGCCCUGCCUUUAUUUACUACACUAACAAAUCAGUGUUGUGUGAUUACCUCUGCGUCUCCUACACACUUCCGCUGGAAAUAACUUCUUUUUAGUGUUUUCGUGUCGCUUCAUUGUCGUUUAUUCUGAAGAUAUAUAUAUAUUUUUAUAGUAGACCAAACUCAGCGUGGUGUUUUGUUCCUGUGUGUGGAGUGUGUGUGUGUGUGAGAGAGAGAGAGAGAGAGACAGAGACAGAGACAGACAGACAGACAGAAAGUCUGCAUGUACGCUGCCAGAGCUCUGGCUAGUUGGCUGUUAGCGUGCUGCCGCCGCUGCCCUUCAGGAAACCCCUCCUGCUCCGCUGCCUGGAUCACCCCGAUACCUCGCUUUCCUACAGUAACCACACGGGUUUAUUUAAAAAAAAUUUUUUUUUUUUGCUCUUUAACCGGAUUGUUUCAAGUGUCCUCGAGUGACUUGAGGCAGCCCUGGUGAGCUGUGCUAUGGCCGCUUGUUUGUCUCUUCUCUGAGAACAAGUGUCCAUGUCAGAGAGGUUAUUUUAUAAGGCACAUAUGAAAUCAAAAAGACAACGUUAUUAGGAAGCAACCCGUGGCCUGAUGUUUCUCUGACAUCUGCAAAAAUGAUGCCUAUGAUUCUGACUGUGUAUUUGAGUGAUGGCGAGCAGGCUCUGACGGAGGUGCCCAUCACUCCAGAGACAACAUGUCGUGAUGUGGUGGAGUUCUGUAAGGAGCCGGGCGAGAGCGGCUGCCACCUGGCUGAAGUGUGGCGAGGCAACGAGCGAGCAAUUCCCUUUGACCACAUGAUGUAUGAGCACCUGCAGAAGUGGGGCCCCAGGAAACAGGAAGUGAAGUUCUUCUUGCGCCACGAGGACUCGCCCACAGAGAGCAGUGAACCAGGGAGUCAGCAGUCUCAGGAGCAGGCUAACCGAAGGACUGGAAGUAGCUCUGAUAAGCACACUGAAAAUGGGGUGGCAAACCCUCGCGUGGAGCUCACUCUCUCUGAGUUACAGGAGAUGGCCACGCGGCAGCAGCAGCAGAUCGAGGCCCAACAGCAGAUCCUCGUCGCUAAGGAGCAACGCUUGCGCUAUCUGAAGCAGCAGGAGCGGAGGCAGCAGCAGGCUGUAUCUGAAACGGAGAAGCUGCAGAGGCUGAAAGAAAGAGUGGAAAGCCAGGAAGCCAAACUCAAAAAGAUUCGUGCCAUGAGGGGCCAAGUUGACUACAGCAAGGUCAUCAAUGGCAACCUGUCUGCAGAGAUCGAGCACAUCAGCGGACUGUUCCAGGAGAAGCAGGCAGAGCUCCAAGCAGCUGUGCUCAGGGUAGACCAGCUGAGUCAGCAGCUGGAGGAGUUGCGCAGAGGCAGACUCAACGGCCUGCAGGGCCUCGGGGGUCAUGUCACCGGCACUGCUGCACUGGAGCUUCGCAAGCUUUACCAAGAGCUACAGAUUCGUAACAAGCUGAACCAAGAGCAGAACAGUAAGCUACAGCAGCAGAAGGAGCUGCUGAACAAGCGCAACACGGAGGUGACGCUGAUGGACAAGCGCAUCAGUGAGCUCCGCGAACGCCUCUAUAAGAAAAAAGCUGAGGCACGUCAAAAAGAGAACUUGCCUCUGAACCAUGCAAACGGACCUCCUUCACCCCAACCAACUGCAGGCAAUACAGGUCGUGUGGCAGCAGUAGGACCCUACAUCCAGGUCCCGGGGCCAUCACGCCCAGAUUCCAACUACAUGGUUCCACCAGAUCCUCUUAAACCUCAGACGCUGGGCAUGAACACUCCAGCCAAUCAUGCUCGUUCGAAAUCAGAUGGCGUGAGAAAACCCCCUGGCCCGUGGAAGGUCUCUGAUUUAGACAUCAUAGUGGACCCGUUCCCGCCGUCUCCUCCGGAGUCUGGCCCGGGCCCCGGGGUCUCUGGCACCUCCUGCUCCACAGAGGGGUCAGACGGAGUCUCUUCUAAUGAUGCAGGAUGGCCCACCCUCAGCAAGGACAACGCAUCUCUGAAGCCUCCAGACUGGAAAGAAUCAGUAGGAGACAUUCCCAGCAAAACAGCGUCUCCUGCUGGCACCCCGUCAGAUAAGGUGCCAGACCUGAGUAAACUGGGCCCAGCUCAACCUCCUCCUUGUAAGCCCCAGCCUCCUCCAUAUGGCACUCACACCAGAGCCCACCCACUUUCGUCCAUCAAUUCUGGCUCCACUGGCUCGCUGGACCGGCGUAAAGAUGUGCCACUGUGUCCUGUCCCAUCCCACUUGAACAACCCCCCUAACCCCAACGCUCCACCGCUACCUGCCUGGCCACGUGGUGGCUCCUCUUCACAGCAGAUACAGCAGCGCAUCUCGGUCCCUCCCAGUCCCACCUUCCAGCCCAGCUCUCCACUUUUCCCCCCAGGAGAGAGGUCUGACCCCCCUCUGGCUGUGGCAGUGCGCCCCUUUAUCCCAGACAGGGGUUCCAGACCACAGUCACCUAGAAAAGGCCCAGCAACUAUGAACUCAAGCUCCAUUUAUCACAUGUACCUACAGCAGGGGGUGCCCAAGAAUUACCCUCAUGGCAAGUCUGCGGUCAAAGCAGUGUAUGGAAAGCCGGUCCUGCCUUCAAGCUCCACUCCCACCUCUCCCCUGCCCUUUCCAGGCUCUGGGUCUUUCCCUGUGCUCUCUGGGACUGUAGGUGAUGUGGUAGAUGGCGAUCUGGAGACUGACGCCCAGACAGCGGGUUUUCCAGAAUCCCCUGCUCCCAGCGUGGACCACAUUCCUCGUCCCCUCAGUCCGACCAAGCUUACACCUAUGGUUCACUCACCCAUGCGUUUCCAGAGUGAUGCUGAGCUCGAGGCCCUGCGCAGGAAGCUAGCAAACGCACCACGACCACUAAAGAAGCGCAGCUCUAUCACGGAGCCCGAGGGACCCAGUGGGCCGAACAUUCAGAAGCUCCUCUACCAGCGCUUUAACACUCUGGCUGGUGGAAUCGAAGGAGGCAUUGGGGGAGUGGGAGGAGGCAGUGGAGUCACUCCCUUCUACCAGCCCAUAGCAACAACAGUGGGAGAGGCACUGGCCGAUGCAGAUAAUGGCAACGCGUAUACUGAAACACCAGCUUUGACUCUUACUGGCACAGAAGAAGUGCCCUCUCAAGACCUACCCCAGGGUGACCCAAACGAUAACCAGCCAGUGCAGCCAGCCAGUGAAACAGCAGUCCCAGCAGCACUGGAGCCAUCAGAAGACGACAACAAUAACAUCCCAGCAGGACCUGUGACCACUCUACCUAGCCCUGUCCCUGAAGUCAGCUCACCACAGGAGGCAGGAAGCUCGCCAGGCGCUCAAGCUACGGAGAAGCGCACUAAUCUAAAGAAACCUGACUCUGAGAGGACAGGCCAUGGCUUCAGGGUGAAGUUCAAUCCCCUGGCCCUGCUGCUGGAUGCCUCACUUGAGGGCGAGUUUGACCUGGUGCAGAGGAUCAUCUAUGAGGUGGAGAACCCCAGCACACCAAACGAUGAGGGUAUCACACCUUUACACAACUCGGUGUGUGCAGGGCAUCACCACAUUGUCAAGUUCCUGCUUGACUUUGGAGUUAAUGUCAACGCAGCAGAUAGUGAUGGCUGGACGCCGCUGCACUGUGCCGCCUCCUGCAACAGUGUCCACCUCUGCAAGCUGCUGGUGGAGUCCGGAGCCGCCAUCUUCGCCACCACGAUCAGUGAUGUAGAAACAGCAGCAGACAAGUGUGAGGAGAUGGAGGAGGGUUAUAUUCAGUGCUCACAGUUCCUCUAUGGUGUGCAGGAGAAGCUGGGUGUGAUGAAUAAAGGAGUUGUGUACACUUUAUGGGACUAUGAGGCUCAAAGUGGGGAUGAGCUGUCGUUCCAGGAGGGAGAUGCCAUCACUAUCCUGCGCAGGAAAGAUGACACUGAGACCGAGUGGUGGUGGGCCAAACUUAAUGACAAGGAGGGCUAUGUACCUCGCAACCUGCUUGGGUUGUACCCCAGAAUAAAACCCCGUCAGAGAUCCCUGGCAUAGCUGACUGCCCCUUUCCCAUCAGGCUGACUGGACUGAUGUCUGGGGGUGUAGGAUUUCCAUUAUUCACCCCCAAUCUUUGCUGAUCCGGUUCCUGCAGGGUUAAAGCUGCUAAACCAUGCCUUCUCAUUUGGGGGCCCAAUAGAGAGACACGUACACACGUUAAACAAGAAGCCUCAGGUCCUAAGGUCUGUCCCAUUGCUCCAAAAUCUAGCAUCUCUUCCUCACUUCCCUCCUCAGCCUUUAAAACUCAGUUUCUACCCUAUGACAUGUAUCAUAGUCGCUACACAUUUCUGCACCUCUAUCAAAGCACUCCUUACUUGGGUUUAUAGCUUUUUGUUUCAUAUCAUUGUUUCAGCUUGUGUUUCGAUCUGGAGCGUAUUUAAUGCUUUAAUUUUAUUAACAGUAUGCUGCCACAGGACUCGGUCAGAGCAUGGCUGCUUUUGCUUCCUACCAAGUUCUCGUUGAACAAGGGACUCUUUACACUGAAGAUCGAAUUCUUUAGGGUUAAGGGUAUAUGUGUAUAUUUACACUACAUUUGUAUGAGUUAAGACCUAACAAAUGCUGUCUGAGUGAAUUAAUUUUCAGUGUGUAGAGCAGUGAGAGUGAAAUGUAUGUUGAUGUGUGUGUGUGUGUGUGUGUGUGUGUGUGUCAGUGUGUGUGUGAGAGAGAGAGAGAGAGAGAGAACAGAAAUGCUUACAUGGGUUAAAUGAGAAGAGAACAAAUGCUUUACAAAUGGUGUAUAAUGUAUAGUAACUGGGCCAACAUAUUGCAAAGUAUCUGGUUCAUAUAAUAUGUACAUUUAAGCAAGGGUAUUUGCACGCGUUAGAUACAGUGUUAUCUGUUUGAAUGGACGGUUGCCUCUCUACUAUGAUGAGGGUGUGAAAUAAGUGUGCAUGGAUGAGCUAUUGAGAGAUUUUUAGGAUGCACAGCACAUGAUGAUUAUUUUAAAGUCGACAUAUUGAGAUAGCAUAGCAUAUGAACAUGUGAAAGAUAACAUGAGUGCAAGAAACCAAACUGGUGUUGCAGUACCAUUAACAGUAACUAAACCGGCAGUACACAAUGAACAAUACGCGUUGCUGAUUUCACUAGAAUAAGGUUUGCCCAAAGGCAAUAAGAUGGUUUGAAGCCUUUGAAACAUAUUAGUUUUUCUCCGCAAGCAAAUCAAGAGGUAUGAACUGGAUGCAUAUUUACUUUGUUUUACACUGUAGUAUUAUUAUUAUUAUUAUUAUUUUUUAAACAUUGAAAUACAUUGUGCCAUUCAAUUUCCCUCCCACUCCUAUUGAAAGUCUUGUGAGUUGAUCUUUACGCCCUGCCUCUGAGGCAGGAAUGAGCUUUACCGUGGAGUUCACCUGUAAAUACUGUGAUGAAGCUCGAAAAUGAUUUGUGCUAUGUUGAGUACUUGCCUGUGCAGAUCUCUGGAUGACAUACAAAUACAAACACCUUCUGUUCUCUACAUGUGCACAAAUAAACAUUAAACAAAUCCAAAGAA